CCUGAAUCCACGACACCUCUUGAUUUCCUUUCCUCCUCUUCAGCCUCUCAUCACGUUACCGAACACACGAUAGUUCGAGUCUUGAUUGGCGCCUACACACUCUUUCACGACACAUACACACAAAAAACCACAAAAUCCCCACAAGCCGACACCAUGUCUUUCCAGAAGCCCGAGAAGGAUUUCGGCGAAGGCCCAAAAAUCCACAAGAUCCGUAUCACCCUGACGAGCCGAAAGGUGCAAUCGUUGGAGAAGGUGUGCAGCGAGCUGUUGGAGCGUGCAAAGACGAAGAACCUGCGCGUCAAGGGACCCGUCCGAUUGCCCACCAAGACCCUCAAGGUCACCACCCGAAAGACCCCUUGCGGUGAGGGUUCCAAGACCUGGGAUAUGUAUGAGAUGCGCAUCCACAAGCGCCUCAUCGAUCUCAACGCUCCUACCGAGGUUGUCAAGCAGAUCAUCAUCAACAUCGAGGCUGGUGUUGAGGUCGAAGUCACCAUUGCCGCAUAAUUGUCCUCGUGGAAGGCGACCAAACGUGCCAGCGACAAAGACAACUUCUGCGACUUCCGUGGUUAUCGUCCUGGUCAGUGCGGAGGUUAAUUGUGCGUCGCGGCACUAGUCGGGGAUGGCUCUUUAGAUACUUCAGUCUCAUCAAUAAAGAGUCAUUUGCACAAAAAA